AUGCCUGUCCAUCGUGGCUCUCGCACGAAAGUGCACCUUGUCAGUACUGAUCUCAGAAGUACAACUACAGACGAGCCCUCGAACAAGAAGGCCCCGAACGUCAGCGAACAUGUCAGCAAUGUCGAACAAACACUCAAAGACGGGCACGUUUUGAAGGAGCGCAACAUCCCGUUGGCUGGCGACGACAAUCCUCUGCACCUACUCGGCGGUGAUGAGUACAUGCCAUUUCUCUUCGUCCGUGCUGGCGAGGAUAUGCGUCCUGUGGUAAGUGGCCACCUGACUCCGUGCUUUACUUUGGCAUUUGACACCGGUGCUCAGCCUGCCACCAGAGACGAGCGAGUUUUUCACCCGGAUCCUACGCGCAACGCUAUUUACGCCAGGAUACUUGGGUCAGAUCCCGCGGAUGCCAUCAAAAUCCCACGGGCCCUUGCACUUCGUGUGGAGCUUUCCAAACAGUCCUUUCUGAAGACAGACACGCCGAUCGACGAUAUCCGCAUCGAUGUACUCUUCAACGGUCAGCUUACCCACUCAGGCAUGUGGCCCAAGCGCUUCUAUCAGGAGGAGCCCAGGUUGUUGAGUAUCUUCAGCGGCUUGCGUUUUCACUGGAUGCUCGAGCGGGCUUGGUUAAUCGUACCACCCGGCCAAGAUCCUGAUGGUUCCCGCCGACGACCGGUAGCAAGCAGUGAUACCCUUGCAGAUCGCUGGGAGAAGAUUCAGAAAGAGGUCCUCGAGGAAGCCUUGGCUAGGGGUGUUGAUAAGAACGGGGAAAGGCCAAUGGUGGCGAAGUAUCUUAUGGAAGUUGCAAAGCUGGCCAUGCCCCCAGAACUGGAAACAUGGUCAGAGCCGCGCGGACAGACCUUCGGAGUCGUCGAUGUUGUGUUGUCAUACGGACGCGGCUUCAAGGAUCACCUCAAAAGAUCUUAUCUUCAUAAGCCCACACGCAUGGGCAGUUCAAGGUUCAAAGAGGGUGAGGAGAACAAGUCGAUCUUUGAAAGCAUAUCGAUUCUGCCUAAGACAAACCUUGAAGAUACCACUGGUCGUUACAACCUGAGGGCAGCCACUCCAGAAAGACCUGCUGUUGGUGGAAGAGCUUCCACUAUUUCUAGGGUUCCAGCCAGGCCAAGACCAGGCAAGACAUCCGCACGAACCCUCAAAGUUGAACAAUCUGAUACACUCUCAGGCCCAUCCGUGGAAAGGGAAGGCAAUAGAAUUAUUUCUUCUGAGCAACUUCCGUCGUACCUUUCCGAUGAGAUGACGAAGAGCGGGUACACCGUUCAAGUCGGGUCUUCCACCAAUGGUUCGCUCACCAAGACAAAUGAUGAGAAGACCACGGGAGGUAAUAAGAAGCCGUCGAAGGAGCAGGAGCAGGCUUGCGUUUCUACACCAAGUCACAUCACGAACCGUUCUUCUCGAGUCAUAGAGCGACUUGACGGCAUACCUGAGGAAGACGAAGAAGAAGCUAUACCCGCUUCCAACCCCGGUGAUGUGUUUACCAGCUCAGGUACUGGCUCACAACAGGGACCACGGGACGCUAUCAAAACAUCUUCAGUGCCUCUUGGAUCAUCUCAGAGUUCGGAUACGAGCAAGCUUCAAAUCAUCCCUUUGUCGAGCUCAAUGUCUGAUAUGCCAUCCGGCCUACCAUCGCCGCGAGGAUCUCUUUUGCCUCCAGUACAAAUUCACACGAGCGUUCGCUCCCGCCGCUUGGCCGAACAAGAUGAAGGAGGCAGUCCUCGCAAGAAACGUCGGCUUUCUGGUCCACUCUCACCUCUUGACAUCAAGAAGACAGAAGGCGGGAUUGGGAUGACGCACCGUGGCGUAUUUACCGCACUGGGAAGCCCUAGCGACAAGUCCCAACGGUCUAUGUUCAAUUCCUUUACCCUAGGCUCAAGAAUCGACCUGGAUCCCGCCGGGCCACGCCAGCGUCCUCCUACAUCCCCGCUUUCUCCGGACCUAAGCUUCCGCCAGAGAGAGGAUCCCUUGCUCGCGCGUCUUGUGUUCAAGUCCAAAGGCGAAGCAAUCCGCACUCUCAACAUCACUCACCCAUUCCGCAUCUCGCAGCUGCGUUCCGUUGCCGCUGCUGCUGAAGCUCGCUCCAACAAAAAACGUCUUCUAGAAGGCAAACCGCCCUUUCCGAAGUUCACAUCCCACUUUUCUCCCUCCAUACCCUCUACUCCUCACCAGCACAUACUUGCCAGCCCGACCCAGGCCAUCCCGCAGACGCCCUUCCCGAUCCGCACCCGGGCCGGCAACCCAAGCAGCGCAGGCAGCGCACCAGGCAACGGCGGCAUCUUCGACACGCCCAACCCACUACCACGGUACCCCAAAGCACCAACGAAGAGUCCAUACUCGACGGCUACACCGCCGCAAUCCCAACCCCUACAGCAGACGCCAGUCACGCGCGCAACAACAACAACAACCCGCGACACCACUCCAGAGUCUGGGCCUUCGUCACCUGGCACGGCCGGACCAGCAUCGGCAUCGGCAGCCCGUCGUCCGGAAGACCGCCGCAACACGCACGCGCAGAUGGAGAGGGACUUCCGCGCGUUCGUCGCGCCGGAGCUCUGCCGCGACUGCGCCAUCACGUACGCGCAGCCGCCGCUGCCGCCGGCGGAACUAGCGCUGCCGCAUUCGGCGUCGUCGGCGGCGGCGAGCGUCGGCGAUAAUGGGGCGAGUUGGCGUGAGUGGAAGGAGGGCGAGCCGAGGGCGUUUGGGGGCAGCGUGGUGAGGCAGAUCAAGAGUGAGAGGGCGGGGGGUUUUGAGGAGGAGGGGAUUCUGGUUGGGGUGAGGUUUUUGGUCGUGUAA